AUGGUCCUUUUACAAGUCGCCCCUUUGCUCAAGGACAGAAACGGAAGGUCAUACCGGGGAAGAACAGGAGUGAGCGAAGCCGAGUAAGUAAUUUUUUACCCUAUAGCUCGAUGGUCCCCUAAAAGUGACGGUAGCCGAAAGUAUUUACCCCACAGCUUGUGGUUAAAUAGACACAGAUCGAUACUGUUGCAACCCCUUUUUUAAUGGAAGUUAUGUGAUUUUUUAGAAAAAUUCAAUUUUCCUGAAUUUUGCCAUAUUCAGUGAGUGUACCUUAUCUAACAUUGAGUGCUCUUGUUGGAUUGUUUACUGACGUAUGUUCAGCUAUAGUGUUGAAGUUGCUUUAUACAUCUUUAUGGUUUGACAAGGGUACAUUUUUUAUUUUUUUCAAAAAGGGUUUCGGGUACUCACUGUAAGUAGCUUGUAACCCUGAUAUUUGUCUCACUUCAACUUUUGUUAAUUUUACCUGUUUGUUCAAUAGAUUUCUCAGAGCAGUGGCUUACAGGUGGCUGAUAAGAUGGCUAUCUGGAUACUUGGGUUGGGAUAACAGCAGACCAUUACCUGCUUGUGUAUACCACUAUAUAAGAACAAAGUUUUCAAGUCACCAGACAAGAGGAUAUGUGCCUUCCCAAGCACGUGAACAAUAA